AUGGCCGGCUCAACGAGAUAUCUGCGAUACAUCAUCGCCGCGUUCUUCGCCCUGAUAUUCAUCUUCUUCAUCUCCUCCUCGUCGACGAGGACCAUCGGCCAGCAGUACACCCAGACCGCGGCCGAUAUCCUAAAAAACCAGGGUAUUCUUCGUGGAGGAGGUUCAGGAGCAAUAGACACGUCCGGCAAGAGCACAUUUGCAUCUGAUGCACAGGGCAAGACGGAUGUUGGCAAUGUCGUGAACCCCGCCAUGGGCCCUGCGUCGACCGAGGCGUCUUCCCCCAAGCAGCCCACCUCACCCAACACAGGCAUUGGCCCAACCGCCUUCCCUCCUGCAAAGGCACCAGGCGCUCGCAUGAACGCUACUUUCGUCACCCUCGCCCGCAACAGCGACGUAUGGGAGAUUUCCCGCAGUAUUCGCCAGGUCGAGGACCGCUUCAACCACGCGUAUAACUACGACUGGGUCUUCCUCAACGACGGAGACUUCGACGAUACCUUCAAAAAAGUUACCACCGCGCUCACCUCCGGCAAGGCCAGGUAUGGCAAGAUUGACAAGGAACACUGGGGCUUCCCAGACUUCAUCGAUCAAGAGAAGGCCAAGAAGGUUCGCGAGGACAUGCACGAGCGCAAGAUCAUCUACGGAGACAGCAUCAGCUACAGACACAUGUGCCGAUACGAGUCGGGCUUCUUCUUCCGCCACCCACUCAUGCUCGAGUAUGAGUGGUACUGGCGUGUGGAGCCAUCCAUUGAGCUGUACUGCGACAUUGCAUACGAUCCGUUCAAAUUCAUGGCCGACAACAAGAAGAAGUACAGCUUUGUGCUCUCCCUCUACGAAUACGUCGAGACUAUCCCAACUCUAUGGGACAGCGUCAAGAAGUUCAUGAAGCAACACCCUGAGCACAUCGCGGAUAACAACAGCAUGGAAUUCCUGUCUGAUGACGGAGGAGUCACAUACAACCACUGCCAUUUCUGGUCCAACUUCGAAAUCGGCAACCUGAACUGGCUGCGCAGCAAGGCGUAUGUUGAGUACUUCGACUUCCUGGACAAGGAGGGUGGUUUCUUUUACGAAAGAUGGGGUGACGCGCCAAUCCACUCGAUCGCCGCCGGUUUGAUGCUUCCCAAGGAGGAAAUCCACUUCUUCAACGAUAUCGCCUACUACCACGUUCCAUUCACCCACUGCCCGACUGGCGAGCAGAUGCGACUGGACCUCAAGUGCCACUGCAACCCCAAGGAUAACUUCGACUGGAACGGCUAUUCAUGCACCAACCGCUGGUUCGACAUGAACAAACUGCCCAAGCCCGAAGGCUACGAGAAGGAACAGUGA